UAUUCCUUGUAGUAAAUGGAGGACAUUUCCCGUCUGCAGCGUAGAUCUGCAGUUUCUAGCAGUCCAUUUUUGAGUUCUCAUCCUCCAUCUGUUCCAUCUUCUGUAGAUACCAAGCCCACCAACCUUGUUUCUUCUACCGUAUCCCUCUCUUCAGAUUAUGCACGUACCACACUUUCCUCUCCUACACUGAGCAAGCUUAUGCUUGCAUCGUCGCAUGCCGCGUUGGCAAACUCUAGUGUAUCUCUUGCUUCAACUCCACCUGCUCCCACCAGAACUGGGGGAAGAGUGAGUGGUAUUGUAAGUGGAUUCGAUGUUCAAGUCGCUGCUUCUUCUGCAGAACCUCACCAAAGCCCGUCUUUGCGAAGGAUAGCUUCAACCACAGCCAAGGGGUCAUCUAUCAAGACUCCAUUGCGUGCCAGCACAACUAAUUCAAUAUCGCACGCUGCAACAGAUGACCACACUGUAUGCGGCGCAAUUCCAAACAUAGAUUCAAAGCCGCUAUCUGGCCAAUCCAAGAUGGAACAAUUAGCAUAUGACGUGUCAAAAGCUAACAUAAAACAAACCGAGCUCGAGUUGGGAGUCAUUCAGUCUCCUACUGCAUCUAUCGAGAAAAACCCAUUCUUACUUGCCAACAGACCAAAAACCCUUACGACGCCAAGCAUGUCUACAAUGACAGGAUCUUAUGCUGCUGCUGGCCAGCUCAAACAAGCAUCGUCUAUGGGUAGUGGAGGGGUUCCUGCUGUAAACACAAAGCUUAGCGUAUCCAGUCCAACCACUUUGUCCAAUGGAAAGAGUAACAUGGCGCAUACCCCCUCAUCCCCAAUAACUUUAAAAGAAAAUAGAUUUACUGGAGUCAAAAACCACUCAGCCAAUAGCAAGGAAUUGGCGGUUAAAUCAGCCAGCUUGGUCAAAAAUGACCCACAGGUGAUCGAGACUCGUCCCGCUGUUAUUGCCCAAAAAUUGAAUACUGCCGAGCAAUUUAAAUCAACACAGUCUUCAUCAGAAGACAACGAGGAGCCUGAAUCUUAUGCAUCUGUAUCCACUCUUGCCAAGAGGUUUUCUGCAGAUGGAUCUAAACCUCCCACUGUUCCAGCAAUUAUCCCGCUAGCAAUUGCAGGCCAGAGUAGACUUCACAAAUUAAAUACCCCAUCUACGCAGUCCAAAAACCUUUUAUCCUCUGCAAUAACAACUCAUAAAACUGCUACUACGGAAGCUCCAACUGCACGUGUAGUACAAGAGUUGAAGCCUACAUUGCGUAUUGAUACAUUGGUGGUAACCGAUGAAACCUCACCCACUACCAAUCAGCCAAAAAAAAGCUUAUAUGAAAUUGUCAAGGAUUUUAAUACUGAGCCUGAUCAAGAAACUGUGUUGUUUGUGUCAAAUGCUUCAAAAGCAACUACUCCAAUCGCUGCUUUGCAUAGUACGAGUCCUACAGUAUCCGGAAAUAGUGUGCGAUCUAUGUUUUCGUCGGCCAAUCAGUUGUCAACCACGUCUGUAACUGGUUCAAAUGAAAAAACAUGUAGUGCAACUGUUGUGCGCAAGAAUAUUCCUCGCAAUCCGGCAUUCCUUGUUGGAAAAGAGACUGUGCGCAAACUUUCCUCUUCAAAAAUGGAUUUUAAAUCUGCUAAAACUGUGUAUCCGACAGCAACAGAAAUAUCCAAAUCUUGCCAUUCAGUUGACGAUGGGGUUGAGGAUGAUGCCAAAAAAUGUAAAGCCGACGAUAACUUGCAGACUAGUUUGGUAGCCGCUCAAAAAACUGCAAAGUUUAGUUCUAGUCAAUCAAAAAAAAAUGAUUUAUUCACACCUUUUGGAAAGCGAUCAGACUCUGGAGCAGCAUUCAGCUCUGUUCUUGAAUCUAAUCAAGAUGGCGCUCAAGAGUCGAAAUGCAUAAAAAGUGUGUCACAUUCUUCGCUCUAUGGUUCGUGCAACUCAAAUACAUCAUCUGUAAAGCCGUCGUAUACUCCGUAUGGCUCUGAUCGCGCUCCAAUCAGUCGCUCUACUUCUUCAAUUUCUAUGCUUUCUUUUUGCAGUCAAGAUACCGAUCCUCGACUAGAAAGCAUGUUUGCAAAAAUACAAUCUCGUUUAAAAGCUGUUGAGUUAAAUGCAGUGACAAAUACGCAUACAACUCAACAACACCAUGUUGUUUCACCAAUCGAGUCUCAUUUUGCCAAGCAAUCGCUAUUGUCGCUUGACUCGAUUCCCGAGUCCUUUGACACGUCAAAUCAGUAUCAAGUCCAUGACACGCAGGAUGAUGAUGGAACUACUACUCCAACCAUUUCCACGAGGCAUCUUCAAAAUCUUACAGUAGAAAUCCCUUCACAGUCAAUUGUCGAUAAUUCCGUGUAUAAUGCGUCCCAAAAUACUGUGGAUAUGGAUUCUGAUAAUGAGCUCGAAUUGAAUGAUAUGAAAUACUGUCCACCAGAGCAAACACAUCAGCAUUCUUUCAACACUACACUUGCCAAACCAUCGAGCUUUUCCCGAUCGCAUGACUCCAACUCCAGUUUGUUAGAAAUGCCUAAAAUUGAAAUUGGAUCCAUGUUUGAUGACGAUAGUUGGCUUUCAGGACUAGUCAACACUCCGCUCAACAAUACACUUUUUUCCAGCGCACCUACCUCUGCUACGAGCGACGUUGCAAUUGAAAGUGUUGAUGGUAAUACUACCCCGGUUAAUUCGUCUACUAUGUCGUUUAAACCCAAAAUUGUUGUAAAUGAUGAUGCUACUCGCCAUCAAAAGAACAAAGAGUUGAACGCAUCAUUUUCAGAUUCAGAAAUAUUGAAAACACCACUCAAAACCUUUCAAACAGUCAGGGAUAUCCAAUCUCCAGACCUUGAUACGGAUGAUAUCAUAGACUCUUAUUUAGCCACUGAGGAAGUUGCUGAGGAGACACUCAGCCCGGAAAAUGUAGCUUCGUUUUUCCCCAGCAAAGCAACAUCUUUGCACACGGCUGAUUCAAUCCCAGUCAAUCCACCAAUAGUGGUAGUACCUACAAAUCGAAAAUCUUCCGUCAUACCUCGUCACGUUGAACCGUUUUUUCAAACCAAUGUCCAAGCCAACACCAAAUGCCAGGGCAAAAGCAAAUCAGUGUCGUUUGGUGUUUCUUGGAAAGGUGAGCUUGAAACACACUGGAAUAUUCCGCCUCAGGACUCUUCAAUUGAUUUAAAUCAUGGUGCAAGCGGAAUCUUGCUUUUAAAGGUUGAAAAACUAUGCAACGUUGGCAUGAAUAUUGAUGACGAGCGUGUUGUUGAUAUUGAGUUUUCUCAUGACAAAGAAAGUAUCACAUCGCCACCACUGAUUCUUGAAUCUGGCGAAACGUGCGUUUCAGCUGCUUGGGAAGAUCGCAUGUCACUUAUGGCUAAUAAACCAAUUGAAAUCACUGUUCGUGUUCGUAAAGUCGAGCAGGAUACUGGACUAACGCGAUCUCUUUCAUCAAGAGCAUUCUUGAGUAGCACUGUUAAAGCGGCACCAGCUCGAUUUUUUAGCAAGCUUGCUGGAUUGCGUACAUCUUUGCGUGAGCCUAUUGGAGACAUGCAGCAAGACAUGCUACAACGACGGCAAAGUAGUCCAGGAUUUUCUUCUCGCGAAUCAGGAUCAUACUCGUCAUUGUCGUCACUCAAGUCAUCCUCUAGCAAAUCAGAGUUGUGUGGAUUUUCAGGAAAUGGCGUUUUUGGCAAAGGGAAUGCUGUAUCACAAGUAGCAAUGGGACGUUGUACUAUUUCAAAUCCACUCGAGUGGUCCAACACAUUUUCUUGUUCAAUCGCUGAUGAGCAUAUUCCUGUUUAUUCAAUACCGUCAUCUGUACCCCAAAACAACGAAAAUCACUCUUUUGAUAAUGCAUGUAUUGCAACGAUUCAACUUCGUGUUGCAUUCAUUCCUCUUGAAGCCUGUGCUGAGCCUGGACUGCUUCCUGAAAAUUUACUAGAAGUUGAAAGCGGCAUUCAUACUCGUAUGUUGUAUUCCAAAAUCUGGAAAGAAGGGUAUUUGCACCAAGAAGGCGGUGACUUGCAACGAUGGAAACGUCGAUAUUUUAAACUUAUAGGUGAUAGACUGGUUGGAUACAAUGAGUUUUCGCGUGAACAGUCUGUCACUAUAAAGCUAUCCCAGCUUGAAGCUGUUCGGUUUUGCUCUGGACAAUACGAUACUACUGUAGGAGUGUCUCCUUAUGUAGACGAUCGUAUUUGGACUUCAUCGCCUAUUGAACACGAGACGGGUUAUAACGGUACGUCGGUGUAUGAUCAGCAAUCCUUGACAGAUCAUUACAGCGAUCCAGAUUCUCCAUAUGUAUUUGCACUUCAGUUCCGAGAUGGCCGCACUAUUGCAUUCCGUAUAGAUGUUUCUAACGAACAGAUGAGACAGAUGAAUGGAAAUGAUAUCGAGUCUAUGCGUAACGACUGGAUGGAUGCUAUCGAGGCUUCUCAUCAUUUUCUUACUGAACACCCAGUUCCAAGCUGGUUGAAAAAUUAGUUUUUUAUUAAUAAAUCGUCAACUUUAUUGGCCUCG